CCGGUGCUGUUAUAGCUAGCCUUGCUCGGUUCGUCGAGUCAAGACACUUGCCAAAGGGUUAUAUUGAUCCUAAGCUGCUGCAGCCAUGUCCACGCAGAUUCCGCUCCGCUCUGCCAAGCGGCAGCGUCUGGCCGACAAGGCGAGCGCGGACGUGGCGGACCAGCUCGCGGCACAGGGCCAGCUGGGACCCAAGGCAGCUUCGAUUGUCGUCCAGUUCCAGUCCGGACAAGAUGGGAGCGCGCUGGGGCCGAGCAUCAACUUACCCGCCGACACGGGACGCAAGCAGCUCGAGAUGAUCGUCAAUCGGCUCAGAAGGGAUCUGCGUGCUGCCAAACUCGGCGGACGGCGCAAGGGAGACGAUGGAGACGAGGAGGCGGAUGAGGAGGACAUGCCGUAUGCAUUUCACGUCGCGCUACCUGCAGAACAAGGGAAGGAUGGAGUGGCUCCAACGGCAGCAGCAGCGCGGCUACCCGUCACCAAUUCUCUGCUCGACGAUGUGCUCAACGCAUCCGCAGCCCAGAAGCUUGGCUUGUCCACCGAAGACGUGCUCACCGUCGUCUUUGAGCCGCAAGCCGUCUUCCGCGUGCGACCCGUCACAAGAAUAUCGAGCACGCUCAGCGGACAUUCCUCACCGAUCCUUUGCUCCGUCUUCUCGCCGACGGGCAGCCUGCUGCUUACCGGCUCCGGCGACCACACGGCACGCCUGUGGGACCUGGACAGCGAGAUGCCGCUGCACAGUCUCCAGGGCCACCGCAACUGGGUUCUGUGUGCCGAGUGGGAGGGAAGGGAGCGCAAGAUCGCCACAGGUGACAUGAACGGCGAGGUUUGGAUCUGGGACGCGCUCGACGCAAGGGGAGGUAAGACGGGCAAGAAGGCAUGGGGGACCAAGAGCAGCAAGAGGGUCGAGGAGCAGCGCCUGGCGCAAGAAGAGCUUCAAGUGAACGCGAAUGGUGAUGGAGCCGCCUCCGCCACUGCCGACACAGAAAAAAAAACAGAACUGCAACCAAAGAAGUUGAGCGUCGCCGAGAAACGUGCAUUGCGACUUGCUGCGCCACAGGGCCACGUGCUGAAAGGGCACACGAAAUGGGUCACCGCGCUGGCAUGGGAGCCGAUUCACCUGAAUGCGUCGACCCCGCGCCUCGCCUCCUCGUCUAAGGACGGGACAGUGCGGGUGUGGGACGUGUCGACGCGCACAUGCGCCUACGUCCUCGGCGGACACACCGCCAGCGUCAACGCCGUGCGGUGGGGCGGCGAAGGGCUGCUGUACACCGCCUCGUCCGACCGGACGGUGAAAGUGUGGGACGCGAAAGUAGGCAAGCUCGUGCGCAGUCUUGACGCUCAUGCGCACUGGGUCAACACCCUGUCGCUUUCCACGGACUGGGUUCUGCGCACUGGCCCAUUCGACCACCUCGGCCGGCUGUUCGACCGCGCGACCGCCAACAAGCCCAAGGGCGCCGCCGGUGCAGAGGAGGCGACGCAGCUCGCGGCGCUCAGUGACAAGCAGCUCGACGUGCGUACGCAGAAGGCCGCCGCGCAAAAGUACAACGACGCCGUCGCCGGCGGCCGCGCAGAACUGUGCAUCUCUGGCUCCGACGACCACACGCUCUUCCUGUGGCCGCCGCAGGGCCAGACCCCUGCCGCUGCGGGGGACAGGGGCGCAUCGCCUAAGAAGCCGGUUGCGCGGCUGACAGGCCACCAGAAGGUCGUCAACCAUGUCUCGUUCUCGCCCGACGGGCGGCUGAUUGCGUCUGCGUCGUUCGACUCGAGCAUCAAGGUCUGGGAUGCGCGCUCUGGUUCCAGCGUCGGUACCGGCUCGGGUGCUGGCGCGGGGGGCAAGUUCAUUUGCAACCUGCGCGCACACGUUGGGCCCGUGUACCGCCUGGCGUGGUCGAGCGACUCGCGCAUGCUCGUGAGCGCCAGCAAGGACUCGACGCUCAAGCUGUGGGACAUGCGCUCGUUCAAACUCAAGGUUGACCUCCCAGGGCACGAGGACGAGGUGUACUGCGUCGACUUUGUUGCGGACAAGGUCGCCAGCGGCGGCAGAGAUCGCGUCGUGAAGAUCUGGACGCACUAAUCGGCGGCGUCAGCGCCACAGUGCAUGUACUAGGAGGCUGCCGGGCAGAAUGGAUGUUGGUGUGCAUGAGUGUGCGAUAGUGCGGCAGCUAGAAAUACACUGGGGGUAUCGUACAAAUUAAAUUUGCGAUGUGCGCAGCAGCGACGAUGUUCAU